AUGUUCAGGAACAACUACGACAACGAUGCUGUCACCUUCUCUCCGCAGGGUCGGAUAUUCCAAGUCGAGUAUGCACAAGAAGCCGUGAAGCAGGGAUCCGUGGUGGUGGGAUUGGUCAACAAGACGCAUUCGGUCCUGGUUGGCUUGAAGCGAAACGCCGAAGAGCUCUCCUCAUACCAGAAGAAGAUCAUCGAAGUCGACUCUCAUAUGGGCAUUGCGAUCGCCGGUCUGGCCUCCGACGCCCGCGUGCUUUCCAACUACAUGAAACAGCAGUCUCUCGGCUCUCGAAUGACCUAUGGUCGGCCCAUCCCCGUGGACCGCAUCGUCACUCAGAUUGCCGACCGCGCCCAAACAAACACCCAGCAGUACGGAAAGCGACCCUACGGCGUUGGCCUGCUCGUGGCCGGAGUCGACGAGGCCGGCCCUCAUCUGUUUGAGUUCCAACCGUCGGGCAUGAUCCACGAGAUGGUGGCCUGCGCCAUCGGCGCUCGCUCCCAGAUGGCUCGGACGUACCUCGAGCGCAACCUCGACCAGAUCUCCGACAGCUCCCGCGACGAGCUGAUCACUCACGGCCUGCGGGCGCUCAAGGAAACCCUGUCUCAGGACAAGGAGCUGACGGUCGACAACACCUCUGUGGGCGUGGUUGGUCUUGCAGGCGAGGAAGCUAAGGGAAAGAUUGAGAGCUUCAAGCUAUACGAGGGUCAAAAACUGUUACCGCUGCUGGAGGCCCUGGAGCAGUCGGAUUCGAGCGAGACGAAAGAAGGAGAGGCGACGAUGGAGGUUGACUCAUAA